AUGACGUUAUUCGACCAUUAUUAUCAGAUUUUGCGCAUGACACGACGACGCUUCGAAGCUUCGAAUGGAGCUUUAUGGCUCAAUGGAAGACCCUUUUGUAUCAAAGGUGCAAGCUAUUUUGGCAUGGAAAGUGAUAUCUGCGUUCCCCAUGGACUAUGGGGUGGACCAGACUCCACAACGCUUGCAAUUGUAGCACAAUUAUUGCGUGCAAAGGGAUUUAAUCUUGUUCGAGUGCCUUUAGCUGUAGCUGCAGUGGUAAAUAAUAUUAUAGUCGAUCGUUAUAAGAUUGGAAAUGAAGUGGCACUACUGAAGGCCUUUGAAGGACGAGACUUACGAUACUUGGAUGUGCUCGACUAUAUGGUGCAUGAGUUAAAGCGUCACAACCUGCUCGUACUAUUGGAUGCGCACGUGAUGCAACCUGCUGGAGCGAUUACGUCCUUGUGGUAUGAUGAUGAACAAAGAUGCCCAGAGACGGUCGUGGAGAAAAUGUGGACGACAUUGGCAACGAGGUAUCAGAGUCAGUGGAAUGUUUUAGGUGCAGACUUGAAUAAUGAACCUCAUGGAGAGGCGACGUGGGGAUCAGGAGAUGUUAAAACAGACUGGAGACUUGCUGCUACGAGACUGGCAGAUAAAGUGCUGAAGAUAUGCCCUGAGUGGUUGAUCUUUGUUGAAGGUGUACAGACCACAGAAUGCGACACAGGACACGAGAUACCGUGUUUCUGGGGAGAGAAUCUGCAGGCGGCAGCUAUACAUUCUGUGAAAUUGUGUGUCGCCAAUCGCCUUGUGUAUUGUCCGCAUACUUACGGUCCUGCAGUGUCGUGGCAGCCGUAUUUCAAUGCAGAAGAUUUUCCAGAUAAUAUGCCGAGCAUAUGGGAUACUCACUUUGGUUACCUAAAGCAUCAGUCGGACGUGCCGCUGGUAAUUGGAGAAUGGGGUGGUUGUCAUGAAAAUCAGAAAGAUUGGAGCUGGCAGAAUCGGUUUGCUGAGUACACGCAACAGAUUGGCGUGAGCGGAGUGAUUUACUGGUGUGUGAACCCGAACGGCAGUGACACGGACGGUCUUUUGUGUGCGGACUGGCGUACACCGAAUGCAAAUGCUUUCCAGUUGAUGUCGCGCUUUACGGGGUCGCCUUUGCCGCAUGAUGGAUUAUGCUAA